GGGGAGAGAAUUGAGGCGGAGGGGCUGCUCAGGCCGUGGGGGGUGAGACUUAGAGCCGCUGCAGAGGAGUCCCUUCGUCCCCUUCCCACGGCUGGGACUGUAGCCACGCCUCCUCAUCUGGGGUCCAUGGGGGACCGAGGCAGACCCAGUCCUGGGGGCUGGACCACAAGAUAGAAAACAGAAGGGGGUCCCAGCACGUCGGGAUCCCAGGUGCUGCAGGAUGCCAGAUGUUGGUGCAGGGACAUCUUCCCAAAGGGAGAAUCAGCACGUAGAGAGAGCGGGAAUUGUCUCUGGCCAAAGGGUGACAUGAAAGGCCUGUGGCCACAGGUAGCAGGUGAGGAUGGGACAAAGCCGGCCUUGCCCCCCCACUUCUCCCCUCCCCCGUGCUUAUCUGUGGCCAUCCCUGGCCUUGGCUUUGUCUGUGACAGUCCCAUCUUUCCCUGCACUUUGGACCUUUCUCUCCAUUUGACAGACGGGGAAACUGAGGCCCCUGGCCCUAUGUUGCUUUGAGAGGCGGAUGGGGGCUGAGCACAGAUCUCCUCCAACAGGAUUCUUUCUCUUCAUUUCCGGGCUUGCCAGGGACAAGACCUUGAGGCUCACCCACAGGCGCCCCACAUCUCUCCUGGGAAGGGGGGGUUGCAGCCUGGAGCCUCCAACAACCCCCCCCCCCCCCGGCAGAGAUGCUGCCCCAGUGGUCGGUGCAGUGGGAGCGGGCCCCCGGGGAGCCAGAACCCGAGGCGGCGGGCGAGGAGCUGUGGGAGCAGGAGAUGGAGCGGCUGUGCUCCUCCCAGGAACCCGUGCGGACGCUGCCCUAUGCCAUGGCGGACAAGCGCUUCAUCCGGCAGCUGCGGGAGCCCGAGGGGGUGAAGACCUCGUGCUGGCAGCGGUGGCGGCGCAGGUGGCAGACUGCCGGAGGACGCCUGGGGGAGGCAGUGCAGCGGCUGGCCCAGGGCUUUGGGCUCUGGGAGGGGGCUCUCUACGAGAUCGGGGGCCUCUUUGGCACCGGAAUCCAGUCUUACUUCACCUUCCUUCGCUUCCUGCUGCUGCUCAACCUGCUGACUCUGCUUCUGACCGCCGGCUUCGUCCUGCUGCCCCUGGUCUGGCUCCGCCCCCCCGACCCAGGCCCCACCCUUAACUUCACCUUCCAGUGCCCCGGCGGCCACCAGCCCCAGACUGGUGUUCCCAAUCUUCACAAUCAACUUUGGAAUGUUUUAACCGGCAGGGCCUUCUACAACACCUACCUCUUUUAUGGUGGGUACCGGGCGGGGCCCGAGAGCAGCUCGGCAUACAGCAUCCGCCUGGCCUACCUCCUGAGCCCGCUGGCCUCCCUGCUCCUCUGCUUCUGUGGGACUCUACGGCGGAUGGUGAAGGGGCUGCCACAGAGGCUGUUCCUGGGCCAGGACUACCGGUCGCCUCUCAGUGCCAAGGUCUUCUCCUCCUGGGACUUCUGUAUCCAGGGAUGGGAAGCAUCCACCAUCAAGAAGCAUGAGAUCAGCAAUGAGUUCAAGGUGGAGCUGGAGGAGGGGCGUCGCUUCCUGCUGGAGCAGCAGCAGACCCGGGCCCAGAGGGUCUGCCACCUGCUCACCUACCUACGGGUCAACAUCCUCAUCGGGCUCCUGGUGGUCGGGGCCAUCAGCGCCAUCUUCUGGGCCACCAAGUAUUCGCAGGACAACAAGGAGGAAUCCCUGUUUGUGCUGCUCCAGUACCUGCCCCCUGGGGUCAUUGCCCUGGUCAACUUUCUGGGUCCCCUGCUGUUUGUUUUCCUGGUCCAGCUGGAGAACUACUCUCCCAACACUGAGGUCAACCUCACUCUUAUCUGGUGCGUGGUGCUGAAGCUGGCCAGCCUGGGGAUGUUCUCCUUCUCCCUGGGCCAGACCGUGCUGUGCAUUGGCAGAAACAAGACCAGCUGCGAGUCCUACGGCUACGAGGCCUGUGACUACCAGUGCUGGGAAAACUCGGUGGGGGAGGAGCUGUACAAGCUGAGCAUCUUCAACUUCCUCCUCACAGUGGCCUUCACCUUCCUUGUCACCCUGCCUAGGAGGCUGCUUGUGGAGCGAUUCUCGGGCCGGUUCUGGGCCUGGCUGGGCCGGGAGGAGUUCCUGGUGCCCAAGAACGUGCUGGACAUCGUGGCGGGGCAGACAGUCACCUGGAUGGGCCUCUUCUACUGCCCCCUGCUGCCCCUGCUCUAUAGCGUCUUCAUCUUUCUCACCUUCUACCUCAAGAAGUAUACCCUCCUGAGGAACUCCACAGCGCCCUCUCGGCGAUUCCGCGCCUCCAGCUCCACCUUCUUCUUCCAGCUGGUGCUCAUCCUGGGCCUGCUCCUGGCCUCCGUGCCCCUGGGCUAUGUGGUCAGCAGCAUCCACUCCUCCUGGGACUGCGGCCUCUUUGCCAAUUACUCGGCGCCCUGGCAGGUGGUCCCAGAGCUGGGGGCCCUCCGGCUCCCACCCCUUGGCCAGCGCGCCCUCCACUACCUCAGCUCCCAUGCCUUCAGCUUCCCCCUCCUCAUCCUGCUCAGCCUUGUCCUGACCGUGUGCGUCUCCCAGUCCCAGGCCAAUGCGAGGGCCAUUCAAAGGCUCCGGAAGCAGCUGGUGUGGCAAGUCCAGGAGAAGUGGCACCUCGUGGAGGACCUGUCGCGGCUGCUGCCAGACUGUCUGGGACCCGGGUCCCCUCACUCCCGAGCUUCGCGCCCGCGAUCCUUCUGCCCCGGAUUCCCGUGCCCGGGCUCCCCGGGUCCCAGACCCCCCAGGCCGGGACCGUCCCUCGUGGAUCCCGCCGGGCUGCGCGGUGCUCCGGCCCCCGCCUGUAGAUUCCGCUUCCCCAGCGUCUCUGAGCUGUAG